AUGAGCAAAGUGAAACCAGGAAACUUCUCAGAAACUGAAUUCUUUCUUCUGGGACUCUCGGAAGACCCAGACCUGCAGCCUGUGCUCUUUGGACUCUUCUUGUCCACAUACAUGGUCACAGUUAUUGGGAACCUCGCCAUCAUUCUCGCCAUCAUCCAUGACUCCCACCUGCACACCCCCAUGUACUUCUUCCUCUCCAACCUGUCCCUUGUGGACAUCUGCUUCACCACAACCACCAUGCCGAAAAUGCUGGUGAACAUCCAGGUGAAGAGUAAAUCCAUAAGUUACGCAGGGUGCCUCACCCAAAUCUGGUUUGUCUUGGUUUUUGUUGGAUUAGAAAAUGGCAUUCUUGUGACCAUGGCCUAUGACCGCUUUGUAGCCAUCUUUCAUCCCCUACGGUACAAUGUCAUCAUGACCUCUGAGCUCUGCUGGUUGCUGGUUCUGCUAUCCCUUGUCAUCAGUGUUCUCGAUGCCACCUUGCACACUUUGAUGGCACUGCAGCUGUCCUUCUGCACCAACCUGGAGAUUCCCCACUUUUUCUGUGAACUGGCUCAUGUUAUCAAGCUUGCCUGCUCUGAUAUCUUCAUCAACAACAUCCUGGUGUAUUUGGUGACAGGGAUAUUGGGUGUUGUUCCUCUCUCUGGUAUAAUUUUCUCUUAUACUCAAAUCAUGUUUUCUGCCCUGAAAAUUCCAUCAGCCAGUGGAAAGCACAAAGCCUUUUCUAUCUGUGGGUCACACUUAAUUGUAGUUUCCUUGUUCUAUGGGACAGGUUUCGGGGUGUACCUCAGUUCUACAGGUACCCAUUCCUCCCAGAAGAGUGCAAUAGUUUCAGUGAUGUACACUGUUGUCACCCCAAUGUUGAACCCCUUUAUUUACAGCCUCAGAAACAAGGACAUGAUAGGGGCUCUGAGAAGUCUGAUCUCUACAAAAACAUCUUUUUCUUAA